UUUGCUAAAGCACCCAGACUUAAAGAUAUCAAAAACCUGCAAAUAGAACAGGACGGCUCCUUUGAGCCAGCUUGUUGCAAGAAUUCGCCCAGGACGGUGUGAUCAUUCAAGGUCACAUGGGUUAAAGAAGAAAAAUUCAGGCCAUCUCUCUCUCUCUCUGUGUGUGCGUGUGUGUGCGUGUGUGUUAUCCGAUGCCUUCACUCCCUUCUGAAUUUUCCCUGGGGAAUCCUGGAGAGGUGGCUUUAGUUCUCCAGGGAAGACGCAACCAUGCAACUUGGCCUGGCCAGCAUCCUCCUGGGUCUCUGGCUAAGAGCCGAGUCCCUCCCCUCACCUGCAAAAGAAAACCCUCCGAGACAAUGGGAAAGUCCCAAUUUAGGAGAACUGAAAUUCCCAGAAGAAGAAGAAGAAGACGUCAAGAUUGCAUUGGAUUUCAAGGAAGCCCCUUCAAAAGUCCUGGUGGUUUCCCUGGAGUCAGAAGACAACCCUGGACAUCUCCCGCCACCCCACCUGCCCUUGGCUGAGAAGGAAGUGAGACCCUUGAGUUUAUGGCCCCAACCCAGUUCUCAGUCAUGGCUCUACGAAAGCUCCGAGGAAUCGGUGUGUCACGUGAGGCUGGAUGGGGGCAGCUUUUGGGGUCCUAACCAUCUGGAGGUGGGGGGCCUCCUCAGCCGUUACGACAGCGGGUUCUUGAAGGCCCUGAGCAGAUCUGCCUGGAGCAGAGAGGACCUGGAGAUCUUUGGGAUAUGUCCCUCAAGCCCACCCCACAGCCUUCUCGGGUCACUCCAGCGUGUGGCUGAUUCUCUGGGAAGGCCUGCUGGACACCGUUUCUUCAUGCUGCAUUUGGAAGAAGUGAAAUGGGAAGUCGAGACCAAACUCAGAUUUAAGCUGACCUUUCAGAAGGACAUGGAAGAGCCUCUCAGCUCCUUGCAGUUGGUCCUCCUAGUCUUCUAUCAAGGAGAAAAGGAACUGGUGCAUCACAGAGUCCCAAAGAGAUUUCUAGUGGGAGGAGAAGGAUUACAUCAAAAGCAGGUUGUUUGCCUUUCCAGAGGAACCCGCUACCUUGUCCUCCAAGGCUCCGUGAUGUCUGGGAGACAUUCUCCUGGUGAAUUAAGCUAUGAACUUUCCUUGGAAAUCAGGCACCAAAACAAUACAGAUGCUGCUGUCUCCUCUGAUGAAGCCCAAGAUCUUCUGUUUGGCUUUGAUGCCAAGUGUUUCACCCGCAGGACCCCGGCUGUCUUGCUGUUGGUGAAACAAAACUUUGGCGUUGACUCCCAUCCACCUUCUUCUUUCCUCUCUGCGGAUGGCAAGUUAGAUGUAUUACCAUACCUGAAACCCAGCUUGCUGAGUUCCGGCGUAGCCCACACACCCUCUGAGGCUGCCGCCAUCACUAACCAAACCAACGCCACUGCGUCAGUGCUCACAAACCCUGGAUACUUUUUGGAGACCCUCUCCCAAUUUGUCAACAAAGUCCUGAACCCCUCUGGUGAGCCUCCUGUCGCCCAGGGGCAUCUCCUGCUGGAUUUCGACACAAUGGAGGCCCUUCCUCACGAACUGCUCAACCUGUCAGAGAAAGUGGCUUUUGAGCGGCUGGUGCAGUCUGAAAAUCACCUCGUGGUCCUUUUUCCCGAGAACAGCCAAGCUUUCAUGGAGCGCCAGCUCGGCCAGUGGUACCUAGAGGGAAAGUUGCUUCAGCAACUGUUGGAAAAGCUGCAUUCUGUGAUCCAAGAGCUGAAAGCCAUGCCAUCCUUCCACGCCAACGCCGACCUCUUCCGUACUCUGCUGGCUCUGUGCUACUAUCCUUCGAGGGGCUCAGGAAAGCUUCCCGCUCACGAUUCUGCAGAAACGGAGGAAACGCAGACCCGUAGAAAAAUCCACAGCCUUCUGUUGCUCAAGGCUCUCCAGGUGGUGCGCACUCGUUGGCGAGAGGCCAGGAAGGUGUCGUUACGGGCCAACCGUAGCACUCAAGUCCAGGAUGACUACUGCCGGCUGCGAGAGCUCAGGAUAAACCUGGUCUCCACCAGGUACAUCAUUUUACCAGAGUCAUACAAUGCCAACAAUUGCGUGGGCCCCUGCCAGAGCCCGCUCUCCACCCGCAUCCCGGACUACUAUUCCCACACCAUUUUUCUGCUGCGUAUGCACGAACAGGGCAUGCCCCUCCAACGAGCCCCUUGCUGCGUCCCGGUGAAAUAUUCCAAAAGUCUCAUGGUUACCUUUACCAGUGAUCAAGGGAUGAUAGUUAAGGCCUACCCAGAUAUGGUGGCUGAGUCCUGCGGGUGUAGGUAGAGAAGCUCUCGUCAUGUGGGAAGGGAUAUUGGACAGUGUCCUGCUAUCCUGGCCAGUAUGGGGUACUAUCUUAAACCACAGCACUACAGUAAUCCCCAUUCUAUCGAUGAACUUCCUGCAGCUGUGUACAUAGCAAGCUUGCGACGUUGUUCUUGCUUUUUAUGAUGGUAGGGAAAGUUGGACUCCUCCAGUUUAUUUACAGAGAACCCCAAUUAGCAAAGGGUAGGAUGAGAAUCGUCGUUCCCCCAUUCAGAGGAUCUUGAGAUCGAUGUUUAAGGUCCGAAGGGACAAGUUAAUGCUUUAUUAAAUGAUGUGGCCCAAUAUGGAAGCGUGCAUCUCUUUGAGUUUUCAAGGCGGUCUUCGGUGAAAUGGGACUGUUGCUAAGCAACACAGUCAUUAAAAAUGAAAGAUCGUGUGGCUGCAGUGACUCGACAGCAGUUCUGGCUUCCAUUUUAAGUGACUCAUGCUGGGUGGCUAAGUGUGAUGUCACAUGACUGCGACUUGCGACUCGCUGACGGCUUCCUCGUCCACUUCGCUCAUGGGAAGUAGGCAAGGAAAGUUGCAAAAUGGCGAUCGGGAUCAUAAUCACGGUGCUCAAACCUAAGGGGUGCUGUGAUGGCCACAACUUCAAGGACCAGCCUAAGUCUCUUCAUCCAGCACCAUCAUAAUUUCGAAUGGUCGCUGAAUGAGUUGUUGCUAAGCAAGGACUACCUGUUUUCUUCCUUUAGGAAGUCAGCUGUAUAGAGCAGGCCUCCCAAUUAGAGAAACAGAGGAAUGAGACAGCGAGAGGAACAAAGAGAUAAUGCGUUAAUACCUCUAGUGAUCAAGAUAAAAUGUGAAAUUCUGGUAAAGGUAAUCCUUUACGUAUGACCACAAUUGAGCCCAAAAUUGCUGUUGCUAAGCAAGACAGUUGUUAAGUGAGUUUUGCCCCAUUUUACAAUCUUCCUUGCCACAGUUGUUAAGGGAAUCAUUGCAGCUGUUGCCCCAAAGCUGUUGCUUUUUCAGGAGGCAACUGGAUUUUCUUUUGAAGACGUUUCGCUUCUCAUCCAAGAAGCUUCUUCAGCUCUGACAGGAUAGUGGGGAAUGGAAGCUUCUUCAGAACUUCCUGAAGCUCCUGUCAGAGCUGAAGAAGCUUCUUGGAUGAGAAGCAAAAUGUCUUCAAAAGAAAAAACAAGCAAGUCCAGUUGCCUCCUGAAAAAGCACCUUUGGGACAACCACGACAUGGAUGACUGAGAAUCUCUACGGACACUGCAGCUGUUAAAUUAGUAACACGGCUGUUAAGUGAAUCUGGCUUCUCCAUGGACUUUGCUCGUCAGAAGGUCGCUAAAGGUGACCCCGGGACACUGCAACCGUCAUAAAUACCUGCCAGUUGCCAAGCAUCCAAAUUUUGACCAUGUGACCAUGGGAUGCUGGAAUGGUGUGGAAAACGGUCAUUAAGUCAGUGCUGUUGUAACUUCAAAUGGUCACUAAAACAAAUGGUUGUAAGUCAAGGACUAUCCGUGCUUCAAAAGUUGCAUUUUCAGCAAUAGCUACCAUUCGCCGACAUUAUUCUGGAGUGGCACAAUUAUUAUGUUGGGGAGAUUGAAAUCUUACUCAUCUUCUCACCCUAUCUAUGCAUUGGGAAGCUUAUCCAGAUACGUUCUUAAUACCCUAAUAUUUUACCCAACUAAUUUUCUAAUGUAUCUUAUUCAACACAAGAUAAGAUCUCAGAUCUUGGAAAACUUUCCUACCUUAGACCUACAUAGCUCCUUCUUUGAUGCCUUUUUAAAAGAAGCUUUGAAGAUUUAUUUAUUCCAAACUACUGUUCGCUGAUAUUUAUAUUUAGUUACUUGUAAUGCUAGUUGCUAUUUCUUUAUUAUGUUUGACAGAGUUUUCUGUAUUUUUCUGUUGUAUUCUUACGCUGUUAUUCUAUUUCUCUGCUGCAACGAAAAUAUUAUACAGAGUCAUGUAUUAUACUUGAUGAUACUACGUGUAAUAUUGUUCAGUGAAUUGGGUAGGCUUUGAAAGGAUCAUUACAACAAAGCAACAAACCAGUGUUUCUCAAUCUUAGCAACUUUCAGAUAUGUGGACUUCAAUUUCCAGAAUUCCCCAGCCAGCCAGGCUUUCCCAGGAUUGGGAAAAUUGCUACAGCCACAUUCAGGGUUCUACAGGGAGAGUCACAGCCUAGAAAACAAUCUAAUAAACAAAAUCUUGAGUACAAA